CAAACAAUUCAAUAUGGCGACUUAGGAAGUCUGACGGAAGGAACGGAGAAGUUGUGCGAGUCUAUAUGAGAGUUUCUUGACGCGUAACACAUAAUACAACAUAAUGACUGAACCGAGCACGGGGGGAAGUGAUGUUCGCUACUACUGCACAGCCGGUAACGGGAUGGAGCGUUUUUUAAUCGACGAGGUAAAGAAGAAACUGGCAGCUCAACAUGUGUGUCAGCUGCCAGGUAAAGUGUUGUUCAGCUCGUCUGCGGGGAUCGACAGAGUCAGUGAGCUGAAGGCUGCAGAGAGACUCUUCCUUCUCUUGAAACAAGACUCACCUCAGUGGCUGUCUGCUCAUACCAGCCCAGCAAAAGCAGCCUCACUGCUGCAGUCAAGGCUUCUGGGUGACAGGAAUCAGUGGGCCUGUGCUUUAAUGACAUGGAGCCGCCUGCAGGGGGAGCUGACUGGCAGAGGGAGGGCUGUUAACCCACCAAGCUCUGCCCUGGGAAUGACAAGGAAGACAGAGGCGGGAAAGAAGAAUGAAGAGCAGAAGCAAAAGGAGGAGAGGUACAUUGGGGCGUCUACAAAAAGUGCAAGAGAGCGGCGGGAGGAGGAGGAGGAGGACAGGAGGUUAAGCAAUGUUGAACAAAGUGGCAUGAAGACACUGGAAAAGAAGAGCAAGAGAGAAAAAGAACAGAGAGGGAUUGAAGGAGUGAAAGCCAAAGAGAGCAAAGGGGAGGAAGACAAGAGUGAAGAAACACAUAUUGAAGCUCAAACACAGGAGAAGAAGAGAAAGAGGGGCGAUGAUGAUGAUGGUGAUGAAGAAGAGAAGUGUGUAAAGAAAGAGAAGACAUCUGACAGACAAAGUAGGACAGAGGGAGAAGAAGAGAGGGGAGUUGUUAUGGAGUUCAACAGCUGCAGACAAAAUGUGAAGACUCCUGGAGGAACAGAUGAGAGUGUUCUGCAACCCGUCCUCUUGCAGCCUUCCUCUGUCCCCGUCUCUUUUAGGAUCAGCUGCAAGUGUACAGGAUCUCUGUCCCGGUACUUCAGCACGCAGGAGGUGAGCAAAGUGAUUGGAGUAGGUCUGAGCAGACUCAUGGGCUGGAAAGUUGAACUGAAGAAUCCACAGCUGGAGGUAAAUGUUUGUUUAAGUAACGACCACUGCCUCCUGGGGAUUCCUCUAACCAGGUUACCUCUGGCUAACCGGAGCUACAUUCAAACCACGGGACUCAGGUCUACUGUUGCCUGGGCCAUGGCUUCAUUGGCUCAGAUUCAGCCAGGUUUCUGUGUGGUCGACCCGAUGUGUGGAGUGGGGACCAUUCUGAUAGAGGCGGCACAGGAACACAAGGCUGCUCAUUUUCUGGGCAUGGACAAUGAUGAUGGACAGCUGCUGAAGGCCAAUCAGAAUGUAAAGUUUGCAGAGCUGGGAAGCAGGAUGCACCUGCUGAAAGCUUCAUCCAUGGCUCUGCCUCUGCCCAGCGCCAGUGUGGAUGCUGUAGUCUGUGACCUCCCAUUUGGAAGGAAGUUUGGCACCAAAACAAGCAUGGCUGCCAACCUGCCUCUCAUCCUCGCUGAGAUCGAGAGAGUUCUCCGUAUCGAUGGAUAUUUGGUUCUCCUUCUGAGUCCUCAGUUGUCCUGUCUCCUGAAAAAGCUCCUGUCACAGAAAGAAACUAGUAUGACGCCUUACCAGGAAACAAAGCCUGCAACAAGGAUACAAGACUGCCCGGCCACUUCUCCAUCUUCCACAAAGCAGCAGACUCCCCAAAUCCACCAAGAUGUCAAUUCCACACCCACAGAGGAAACAGACCCUCCUCCCCAUCUCUCUUCCUUGAAGCACCAGGCUACUUUUAGGGUUAGCUUAGGGGCCAUUGAUGGACUUAUUCAUAAAUAUGUAAAGAUAGACACUUGAACUGAGUUGGUGGAAACUAGAAAGUGAAAGUAAUUGUUACUUUUUGAGUUACUUUUUAAAAUGUUGAUAUUAAAACUUAGAUACAA